UCUUCAUCUCUUCUUUUCAUCAUGGCGACAGAACGCGAACGAAGUGACGAGGCAGCGUGUGAUAGAAAUGAACAGCAAACCAACACUCAACUUCAGAAUGGAACGGCAGGAAACAACGUUCAACAGAAUGACCAACCACAGCAACAACAACAGCAGCAACAGGGAUCCAUGUGGAAAAGUCUUCUUGUUCGCAUGUUCAUCUUUUGGUUGAUUUCGAAUUUGUUUCGUGGCCGACAGCAAAGCACAAAUACCUCGAACACAGUGCCAUCGACGAAUCUUUUUAAGACGGGUGAAAAGAUAGAGCUGUGGGUUUAUCUAGCAGAAGAGCAACACUUCUUAGACUUCAACAACAGUGAAAAACUUAUAUGGCAUGAGACAGAUAUCAAAUUUGGUAAUUGGACUGACGGACCCCAAAUGGAUGGCUCACGACUGUAUAGCACUACAAUAAAAGCAUCAGAGAAACUACAGAACAAUGGAACACUUUAUGUCCAUGUUUUUAUAACAAGGCGUGGCAAAUCUCCUGACCUGCAGCACCCUAAGUAUAACAGGCUAGCUGUGGUCAACAGAUCUCUGUUGUUGCCAGUUUACAGAAAGAGACGUGUUCACAGGACUGUAAAUUUACUCACUGGCGUGGCUGAUGCUAAUCCAGCAGACUUGGUGCAAGCACCAGACAGUAAGAAACCCGUUGAAAUUAUCUCGUAUUGGCAUCCAAACCUGACAAUCAACCUGAUGGAUGAUCAGACGCCAUGGGUUCAGGGCUCUGUUCCACAGCCGAUGGAUGAAUUUCUUGUCUUUGAAAACAUAACUGGCAAAUAUUUUCCUGUACUGUACCUGAACAAGUACUGGAAUUUAGCAAGUGACUACAUGCCUAUCAAUGAAACAACAAAAACUCUUGACUUACACUUAACCUACAGUCCCAUAUCACUGUUCAGAUGGCAAAUGUACGAGUCUCAGCGAAUGAGACAGAAGUGGUUUUCAGUGCUUGGAGAUGAGCCAGGGCAGAGUGAGGAAGAGCAGGACUCCCUCAAGAGAACACUAGUGGAGACAAACCCUUAUCUACUUGGUGUGACAAUGAUUGUCACAUUGGUACACACUGUCUUUGAAGUUCUGGCAUUUAAAAAUGACAUCCAGUUCUGGCGAAGUCGCAAGACAUUGGAAGGCCUUUCUGUUCGGUCUGUGUUCUUCAAUGUCUUCCAGUCCGUCAUAGUUCUCUUGUAUGUUAUGGACAAUGAGACUAACACAGUCGUGAUCAUCAGCUGUUUUGUGGGGCUUCUUAUAGAGAUCUGGAAAAUUAACAAGGCUGUCGACAUUAAGGUGGAUAGAGAAAACCCUUGGUUUGGUGUAAUACCAAGAAUAAGAUUUGCUGACAAAGAAACAUAUGUAGAGUCUGAAACAAAACAGUAUGACAUGAUGGCGUUCAAGUAUUUGUCAUGGGCUUUGUUUCCCUUGUUAGUCUGUUAUGCUGUAUAUUCACUGAUUUACGUUGAGCACAAGGGAUGGUACUCUUGGAUUCUUAGCAUGUUGUAUGGCUUUCUUUUGACAUUUGGUUUCAUCAUGAUGACGCCACAGCUUUUCAUCAACUAUAAACUGAAGUCAGUAGCUCACCUUCCUUGGCGCAUGAUGACGUACAAGGCUCUUAACACCUUCAUUGAUGACCUCUUCGCCUUUGUCAUCAAAAUGCCAACUUUGUACCGGCUUGGAUGUUUCCGAGAUGAUAUUGUGUUCUUCAUCUACUUGUACCAGCGCUGGAUUUAUCCCAUUGAUCCUAAACGUGUGAAUGAAUUCGGCCUGACUGGUGAGCCUGUUGAUGGAACUGACACAGCGGAUCCCAGCUCGCAGCAACCAGCAGAAACAAAACCUAUUGAAAAUGGUGCAGUUAGUGCUGAUGCUGAAGUGGUGUCAGACAAGAAGAAUGACUAAUAAUUAAUUAUCAUCAAAUUUGGCGCAUGACAGAUUUUAAAGUGUAAAAAGCUUUUGUCCUGUUAUUGUACUCAGUGUACUCAAAUUAAGCAGUUUACUUACUUACGUUCAUGAAGGAGCGGUAUUUAUAAACAUCCAUUGUACCUUUUGGAACUAACUCUGCCUUAUGGAUGCAAAGUGUACCAUAAAAUGAGCUACAUUACUUGCGAAAAAUUUCGGACAAAGAAAGUGUCCGAAAGUAAAACAGUACCGUAUGAAACUUUUAAAUAGCGCCAAAGCCGCUAGUUUGCUUCAGGGAGUGAACUCCAGUUGAGAAACUACCCUAAAUACCUAACGGCUUGAUAAAAUUUGUGUUAUUUUUUUUUUGUCGGUGUAUUCUAAAACCUUCAGGGUGCAGUGAUGUUUCAAAUUUGCUUAUGCUAUGUUUCAGCAAAGUGUCAGAAUCUUUUGGUCCGAAAUUUUUUUGUAAGUAAUGUAUCUGAAUCAUAGCAAACACACCGUCUAUCAACAAAUCAGAGGCAGCUGCUUGCUAUGCAUGGUAUUCCUUGCCUAGUUCUUGUACGGCUUUCUUCCACGCCUUCACGGUCAAUCGAUUUCGGUGACGUAUCCGAGACGAACGUCUCGCCCUAGAUCACGUGACCUGAAAAUGAUUGACCGCGGCGAAAUAUUGAGGCCCAGGAACUAGGCAAACGUUUUCCCACAGCUGCCACUAGUUGCAUGCCGUAUGUGUUUGUUUCGAGCUCAGAUGGGUUUGAUGUCAUAUUUAUGUUUACUUACAUCGACCAGUUGUUCGGUUUACGAUAGCCAAUGGUAAGCCGCAAACCUGGCGUGUAGGUCUGCAAUUCGUGCGGAGUACUUAGUGCCAGGGAAUAAUGCCUUUUUAAAAUUUGUUUGUAUUUGCCACGAUGGGAUUAAGAAGAAAACAGAUCCUUCAAUCGCAAAAACUGCAAACACAAACUGUGAGUUUUACAUUUGCUAUUUAUCAUAUGUACAACUUAUCAUAGUGGAUUGUAGUGCCUUGAUUAGUGUAUUAAAUCUGGAAGAAAGUUGACUUGUGUGACAUGAGUAAAACUAGAUUUACAUGUAUCUUGCUAAGCACAAACGUCUUUCUCUCAGGCUUUUUCUGUUGAGAUAUUUUGCUUCAGUAACUGAGUAAAUACGUGCAUUUUCUUUAA